AUGAAGGUGACAAGGGAAUUCACCGCAGCUAGUGUGAAUCCCCGUUCUCACUGUCUUGUUGCAUGUAAAAACGGGAAUCUUGUCGUUUAUGCCUCGAAUCUUCAAUUGGUUGUUCAAACAAUUCCAAAGGUUUGUAAAAAAACCCAGAAUAAAAUUGAAAUCAUCCUUUUUAGAAUAAAAAUGAUGUCGGCGUGAUUGUCAGUGUGUCAGAAAGACGACAUGAUAAGCCAAUAACCGUUCUUCAUCGUGUAAAAUCCUCAAAUGAAGGUUUUUUGUUGAAGUUUUUGGAUAUUUGAACUGUUUUUCAGAAAUCUUCUUGACCGGAGGCGUUGAUAAGAGAAUAAACGUGUGGAAAUUGCCAGAAGAGAGUUUGAAAUUGCAGUUUUUAUCAACUUUAGGUCUGAUUUGUUGGAUUUUCAAAAAAAAAAAAAGUUUAAGAAGGAGCCACUGGAUCAAUUGGAGCCGUCUGUGGUUGCACGUCUGAAAAUAGAAGGAUUCUCGCGGGGGCUUGGGUUUUUUUUGCAUAGGAAAACUCUAAAAAGUUUUUUUUCAGGUCGGAGCCGAUUCGUAUGGUUUUCGAGUUUGGUGGACGGAUUUGAAUGGAAAUUCGUCGAAUUUUUUUGAUAUUGGCCUUGAAUCGAAGGCUUUCGUCCUGUGCCUGGAUUCCAUGGUCUUGGCGACAGGUUCGAAUUGAAAUUCAGUUAGAAAAUGAGAAAAUUUUUGAGGGAAUACGAUAAUUGCGGCUGGGACUUCCAAAAGAUUGGUAGAGUUGUACGGUGAGAAUGAAGGGGAAAAGGUGGGUCUUUUUUUCCGUUGAAUAAGCUUUUUAGUGGACAGUUUGAAAGGGAUUUUGAUCAAAAAACUUGUUUUUUUCGAGUUUUUCUGACUUAAAAUGGCUCAAGUUUCAUCUAGAAAUAUUACUUACAAUUAUUUUUCUAUCGAAAAUUCAGAAAAAAAAUAGAGUGUAAUUCAGCUUCAAUUAAAUAUCAAGUCUGCUUAGGACCUAUAGAGGGGUCCCUGUAGGGACAUUCAUAGGGGCUCUUGAAGACCCCCCUCUAGGGACUACUCAGCCUUACCAAGCCACUUUAAGAGCCACUUUUGCAAGGUUUAACACCUUCCUAUAGGGUUUUCAGUUAGCGGCCCUUUAAGGGGAACAUGCUAGUGGUCCCUAAAGGGAUUUUAGUUUACAUUAGAUUGGGUUUUUCGAAAAAUCCUAACAAAAAAUAAGUUGAUCAAGUUUUUUUCCUUUGAACUCUCAAAUUAACAAAAAAAAACCCUACAGGAACCCCUCAAGCUCUAGGGGCUGAGCGGUCAGACCCUAACCCCUGUAGGGACCUCUUAAAUUUAAGUCCGCCUCUUUUUUCCUUUUUGCAAGCUUUAACUUCCCCAUACAGGGUUUUCAAGUAGUGGUUCUUAUAGGGAGGAACAUCUUAGUGGUCAUUCUAGAGAUUUUCGUUUUCAUUAGGUUAGUUUUUUCCAAUGAUAAAUAUCCACAGAGAAUUUCAUGAAAAAAUUUUAAAGAACCCUAUAGGCACCACUUGAGCUUUAGGGGUUAGCGGUCAGACCCUAAACCCAUGUAGGAAUCCUUUAAGUCCUGUAGGAGCUCUUUUCACUUUUGCAGGCUUUAACUCUCCCCUAUAGGGUUUUCAGUUAGUGGCCCUUUUAGGGGGAGCGUUCUAGUGGUCAUUCUAGGGAUUUUAGUUUUCAUUAGAUUAUUUUUUAUCCAAAUGAUAAAUAUCCACAGAGAAUUUCAUGAAAAAAUUUCGAAGAACCCUAUAGUGAACACUUGAGCUUUAGGGCUCAGCGGUCAGACCCUAAACCCCUGUAAAGAACACUUGAGUUUUAAUCUUCUGAAGCACUUUUUUUCGGACUUAAAGGUGCUGUUUUUCCCCUCAAUCUCUAUAGGGACCACUUGAACUUCAUCGCUACAGAAGUCACCAUUUUAUCCUUUAUAUGGGUUUUUUGUCUCUCACCCCUCUAGGGACCACUUCGGCGUUCUUGUAGUUUUUCGAUGAUUCUUAUAUUCCAUAUACAAAAAAAGUCGUUUUCUAAUGAUUAAAUUGAAAAAAUGAAGUUUUAGCUGAAUUUUCAUCGAAAAGAUCCUAUUUGACUUGUUUCUUGAACAAAGAAGGGAAGUAUCAGUCCUUGAUUCACCUUUUUUAACUGUCCUUUUGAAAAGAAAAAAAUUUUAGAGCUUCUCCCGCCUAAUUUCCGUCGCCGGUCACACGGAUUGGAUCCAUUCUAUCGCUUUUAAUGGUUUCGAAUCCCGAUUUCGAAACUGUUUCUUGAUUUUUGUGGAUUCAGACGAUCCGAACAAGACCCUUCUGGCCUCGGCUGGCCAGGACGCUUUCGUUCGUUUGUGGGACGUUGGGCCGGAUGUUGAGGACGCAGAAGAUGUACUCACUUCGACGAAAAAUCGAUUCAGUCUUACGGAUAGGGAUGGGAAAGGUGAUUUGGAGUGGGAAAGAAAUAUAUGAUUUGUCCUGGCAAAGGCGGAAAAGCCCCUAGUCUGACACUGUGCUUUAAGGAGAUUAGACAGAAAAUCAGUAGGUCCUCGGGAAACCGACGGGAAGUGGGCAAAACCGGUAAGCUCACGGGAAGAAGGCGUAGUGGCCUACAAAAGACGGUAGGAAGGAAUCUGUUAGAGUACGGAAGUUCAAAAUCUACACCCGCGGACCUGAAAAGGGGGAGAAAAACCAGAAAAUGGAAGGGGGGGCGGUUGGCAAAAACCGUAGAAAAAUUUUCAGGGUGUGCGCUUGACGGCGCUAGUCCGAUCUUAUAAAAAAAAAAAUCAAAAAUUCAUUUUGUCAAGUUCAAUCGAUUAGCAGAAGCAAUUCUUUCUUCUUAGUUCAAAUGAUAAAAUAAAACGCUUCCCAUUUUUUUUUUCACCAGUCAUGCUCAUCCAAUGUAUGCCAGUGUAUGAGUAAAAUCAGAGAACUGAGAAUGAUGAUUGAAUUGGCCCGCAAUCUGUCGCAAUCGGGAGCUUUUUUAAUCUAAUUUUAUAAUUUACAUCACUUAUUUUUUUAAAAUCAAAACUAUUUCGAUCAUUAACUCCCCGAUUUACUCUGUAAAAAUUUCGAGAUAUGUCAAAAAUGGCAAAAUUUUGACCGCUUCGCGACCGCGUUGCAACACUACGGCCAGGAAAAGGUGACAAAGGGGCAAUAUAAGCCGAUAAAAGGGUGAAAAAUGACAGCAAAAUGAAAAAAAAGAGAUUUUUUUAAGUCGUGAACAUGAAGCUGGCAUCGCAUGCAGUGCUGAGUGGCCAUGAAGAUUGGGUCCAUUCGACGACUUGGAGUUCCGAUGGAAGGCGGCUUCUGACAGCGAGUAGCGAUAAGUCGGCCAUCAUCUGGAGGUUUCUUAUUUCUCUCAAGAAGAACAAGUGUUGAGUUAAAACGGGAAAUUAGGCCCCCUUUUUUCGUCCUUUGGACCUUCUCCAGCUUUUUAUGAAAAAACUGUUGGAAAGGUUGGUACGCACGUUCUCAACCGUCAUUAGGUUUAAACAAAAUCAUUUUUUUAGUAUUCCUCAGAAAGUACUCAACUUAUAUAGCCAGUGUACCACGUCUUGGAAUUUCACCAAACGACAUUCCGCUGUGCCGCUGCGUGCGGUCGCGAAGCGUUUUUCGAAUCUAGGUCACGCUUUCAAUUGAUUGUUAUUGCUGUGGGAGCACAUGAAAGUGAAGUACCUUAUUGAUAGAAAAAAAAAUUUCAAAGCGCGACCAAGGUUCGCAAGGGCGCGCAGCGGCACAGCGGAAUGUCGUUCCGUGAAAUUUCAAGUCGUGAUACACAGACUAUAGAAGGUUUUUUCCUUCCAGAGAAGUUGACGAAUUGUGGAGGGACGACGUCCGUCUCGGAAUCGUCGGAGGCCAAGCCGCGGGAUUUUACGCCGCCAGCUUUUCCUCGACUGGAAAUCAUGUCGUCGCAAGCUCCUACUUCGGUGGAAUCUAUGCCUGGAUCUCCGAUGAUAAUGUUUCAAAAAUAAAAGAAAAAAACCUUUUUUGUACUCAAGGACUUCUUCGAAGGCGUCACCAUGACCGGUGGCCAUGUCGGUGAAGUCCGGGACUUGGAUUGGCAACGGAGCGCAAAUGACGCGGAGCCCAAGUUUUUGCUGUCCGUUGGACAGGACCAGACGACGAGGGCUUAUUCGGUGUUGAAGGACGGGGUUGGUCACUUAAUGGGCCUCUUCGGUUUUGACAAGUGAUCACUUGAGGGAUUGGCUAUUUUUUGAUGAUAUUUCUUGUCGUUUGAAAAUUCAGAAAGAAAAAAAAGAUAGCGGAGGUUCACUUUAGAAGUUAGUCAAGGGAUCCCUUGAAGGUUAAAAAUGCUCGGGUUUCUUGGGCGUUUUCAGGAACACAUUUUCGAAUGAAUAAGUGCAGGUCCACUUUAGGAAUAACGAGGUGAUCACUUAUGUAUUGAAAAAUUUAGCUCUCUUAAGGGACCACUUAAAUGAAUCGCUUAAUUUCAAUAAGUCAUCAUUUAAGGAAGGUAUAAGCUCAGCCAUCAGACCAUGAGGAAAAAAAGAAUUCAUAAAAGAUUUUAGAAUUUUUGGGUCAGAAACUUCACAUAUUGAUUUUUUGUGAAGGGUUCGCUUCAGAAUCUGGCCAAGUGCUCAUUUAAGGGUUGAAAGAACAGAGCCAAAAAAACGCGAAAUGGCGAAAUCCUGAGGCUUCGAAACACAAAAAAACCUUAUUAGAUUAAUUUUUUUCUGGGAAUCUAAACUUAAAAGAAGUUCUUAUAAUCCUCAUGAGCACUGAUAAUUUGAGUUCAUAGUCCAAAGCUGAAAACCGUUAACUUCCAGCCUUUCUAUUUUCCAGAGAGGUUUUCAGGAAACUAUGGUCGAAAUCGGACGACCCCAAGUCCAUGGCCAUGAUAUGCAGUGUAUUGCCUCCGUUUCGAGCUCAGUUUUCGUCUCAGGAGCCGAGGAGAAAAUUUUCAGAGCCUUCAGGGCUCCGAAGUCCUUCGUGACAAGUCUUGAGACCCUCUGCGGGAUUGAUCAUCAACAGGUUUGUUAAGGGGAUUAGGGGCAUUUUCGGUGCAAUUCAGAUUUUAAUAAUAAUAGGUUUAGUCACUGCGUACGGUAUAGUCCGUUCAGAUUUCAAAUGUCUAGUCCUCGCUCAAGCUCCGCCCCCUCCUAAACCAAUCAGUGAGCUAGCCCUCCACAGAGCGUUUGCGAAUGACGUCAUUCGAAAUCUGAACGGACUAUGAGCAGAUAAUUAGUCAUAAUAAUACGACAGAAGCGCAGUAAAAUAUAGCUGAAUCCCGGUUAGCUUGGGGGCGUGGCCUGUCUCGGCUCUCCACGAGCCAGGCACUAUCUCGUGUAUUAUCGUGUCAGAACCCUUUUUUCGAUGGCUCAAGCCAACCGUCAGCUAUACAUUGAGUCAAAAAUGGCGGAACUCGGGAGAUUUUGAAGUUUGAUCACUGGAGACGUUAAAAUCUAUCCUGGAGGUUCAUGUAUUCCAUAAGAGAAUAGUUUCGGAAUAAAUGCUAAGUGGAUUCCUCUGUUAAAAAAAAAGUAUAUAGAUCACACCCCGGGGUGCCGCUUACCCCCUCCCCCACAAAAAUCAACAUUUUUUCAUUUCAAGGCCUUCGGAGACGCGAAACUGGCCGAAUUUGGCGCUUGUGUGCCCGCUUUGGGACUUUCAAACAAGGCGAUGGUGGAAGGCGAGACGGUAGAUGGCGAACAUUGGGAAGAAGACGCGUUCAGAGCAGCUCCCACCGUUCUGGAAGGUAUGAUUUUUUGCAGCAAGUUCUUAGGAACCUGUUCAAAAUUUUUUCUCCUUUCAUGAACAGGCUCAAGUGAUAAAACUUUGACUCAAAAAGAAAUUAAAAAAAAAAAUAUUAGUGAUUUGUCUCUCGUUUUUUGUUUGAACCUUUGAAACUACUGCUCAGAACACAGGAAAAUAGAAAUUUUCAAAACAUCGACACGAAAGAUACUGUAGCCUCACAAGGGAGGUCAUUUUGCUUUGCGGCUAGGAAGUUCUUGAAAAUUGACCAGAACAGUCAUCAAUCCAUGAGAAAAAGCUCCUGAAUGUCUCAACCUGCACAACUUCCUAGUUUGCAUGGAAUAAGGACUCAAAGCCCGAAAAUAGGCCAUUCAAAUGGGUUUUAAGGGCUUUGAAGCGCUCAUUCUCAAAGACUAGAAGUUUUUGCAGGAUAAGACUUGCAGAAUCUUUUUUUGGUACAUCAAGGAGUGUUCCGGCCAAGUUUUAGGAAAAUCCCAACCGCAAAGGGAAAUGACCUUCUUGUCAGGAGCGGAGACAUUCAAAUUCUGAAGCAAGAAAAUUAUACUCAUUCAGCGGCGCCGACUGAAGAUUUCCUCCAGCAAAAUACUCUCUGGCCAGAAGAGCAUAAAUUAUAUGGGCAUGGUUAUGAAGUCUACGCCGUUGCCGUCAACCCAAAUGGAACCGUUUUGGCCACUUCUUGCAAGGUGAAUCUAGAAGAAAUUUGUUCAAAUAAUUGACGAUAGAGGCAAUUUCUAAGAUGCAAUUAGAUCGGAUUGACAUCAGACACCUUUGAAACGGGCAUACACUCCUAUCUGCAACAAAAAAACAGCUUUCCCGCAUCGGAGUGCAAAAAGUUAGAGCCACCGAUUAGGAAACUUCUUUGAGUUGCAGGCAGCUUAGUAUGUUAGAGAGAGUAUCCGUUAUCUGCCUGGACCUUGCUGACAAGUUAUUAUUGCAUAUGGGAAUCAGAUUUCGGAAUGAUUUUUGAUGACCAAGGGGAAAAAUGAAAAAAAAAAACCAUUUUCUGUAUAUGGGGGAAGUUUACGGAGCGCGCCGAAUAGCAUGAAGGGGGGGUUUGGAAAUAGUGAAGGCACGCCAAUGACAAAAAAAUUUUUUUGUUGUCCAAAAAUUUUUUUAAAAAAAUUCGUUUAUAGAUGAAAUAAAUUACGUUGAUAACCUGAAAAAAAUAAUAAAAAAACGGAAAAAAAGUGAUUGGCUGAAAAAAAUGGGAGCUCCGGGAAGAUUUCGAUCGUUUGAGGAGUUGCCCACGUAUGCUGAUUAUAGUGAAUUUUUCCUCGAUUUGAAAGGCGAGAUGCGUAGAUUGACAAGGGUGACGCGUUGCGUGUGCGGUGCGGUUUUUGGCGAGAAGCUCAAGUUCAAAUUUGAUCAUGAAAAAGUGCAGAGAAAACAAUAUUUUUAUCAAUUUUAUAUUUUUACCCGUUCAACUGAAUCUUAUCAAACCUAAAUUUUAUUCAAAAUUUGUCCGAAGAAGGAAAAAAAAGUGGAUUUCUCGAGGAGCCCGCCAAAAGCCGCGUCGCGCACGCAACGCUCGCCAAUAAACCCAACUCGGGAAGGAUUGAUUAUAACUAUUGAUUGAUUUCAAGUCGAGUCACGCAACUCAUUCGGCGCUGAUCCUGUGGGACACGAGUAAUUGGUCGAGGAAAGCUGAUGUUCAAGGUGAUAAGGAAAAUAUGAAAAUCUUCACGGUUGCCAUUAAUUCCUAGGACAUCAACUAACAGUGACACAAAUCGAAUGGAACCCCUCAGGCAGCCUUCUUCUCAGUGUCAGUCGUGACAGAACCGCCAAACUAUACAGAGAACUCGAUGGAAAUGGUGAGAAAUCACACGAAAUUUGAAGAAAUUGGCGAAUUUAAGUGGACGGCUUCAAUUAUAAGUGUGUCUGGACGUCGCAGAAGGAGCACAGCCGAAUAAUUUGGUCCUGUUCUUGGUUUGGAACCAGCCAGGAGUUUGUCACGGGUGCCAGGGAUCAGAAGGUAUCUUUUUAGGUUGAAAAGAACUGGUCCAAGUUUUUGAAGGUUCUGUAGAAAAUCAGAAAGUGGUAUUUUACCCUCAUAAAAUGGAGUGGAAGAUCAGAAAUUACGAAUUUCAGCGUUUUUUGGAAUUUUUGGGAGGUUUCUAAAAUAUUUUCUAAGCUUCAUUCGGAGAAAAUAGAUUUUUUUGAAGGUGGUUACAUGUUUUUUUCAGCUUCUACAGCACUAAAUUCAUCGCCUCUCAAGAUUUUAAGGGUUUUUUUCGACGAUUUUUGAAUAGAGUUGACCUAAAAACCCAUUUUUACCCACUGAACUUCCUCGAGAAGUCACGGCGAGGUUACAAAAAGGUACUUUUUAGGUUCAAUUAUCAUUUUUGAUUUUGAAGUCAGCUUUUUCGGAGAUUAUAGUAAAAUUCACCAAAAUUUCCAAGUUUCUGAAUUUUUUGGCAUUUUUUUUCUCGGCUUGAAAAACGAUUCUUUUCUCCCAGAUAAUCGUCUGGAAAGUCGAAGCCCUCGAAAAUUCCACUAGAGCGGUCGCUUUGGCUUCGAACAAGUGUCCUGAGCCCGUCACGGCCGUCGCUGUGUCUCCUGGACCCCUCAAGUGAUCCCCUAUUCAUAUAAUUCCCAUGAAAAUUCUUUUCAGUGAAGCAGUGGUCGUUGCCGGUCUGCAAAGCGGAUGUAUCCACUUUUAUCGAUUGAAUUUGGAGAACAAAUUAGAGUGUUUGACGAUUUUUGGACAGAAUCCGAUACCUGUCGACGCGGCCGUUUUGAGAUUAAGGUAUUUUUUGAUUUUUAGAAAGAAAAUCGCAGAAAAAGUAUAAUCAGCAAGAAAAUGAAUAUAACGUCGUGAAAUCAGCUGCUUGCGGAAUAAGCAUUUUAUUUUACUACAGUUCGCGGGUUGAGAUUGGCCACUUUUUUGGUGUUCUUCAUGUGA